AGCAAAAAUUUGUUUGAUUUCAUGAACGUAAUCGAAUUAUUCGAUAGUGUUCAACGAGCAACUAAUUCGAUAUUCGAGUUAAAUGGAAUGUUCUGUUUUGGCGGUUUGUAGUUUAUUCGGUCGUUAAUAUAUUGAACCUGAAGUCGUAAUCAAAAUGUGGGAUUCGAGAAGUUACGGCAAUGAUCAAGGUGGAUUUUUCAACUCUCCAUCCCAAUUUGCUUCUCCAUCAGAAAAGCAAGACAAGCCAGCACGGCGAGUGCAAAAUAUUGUUCCAGUUACAGUCCGUCAAAUCUUGGAGAGCCGUGAAGAUGGUCUUAAAAUUGGGAGUAUGGAUGUACAUAUGUUUACUCUUGUUGCCUUGGUACGUCAUGUUGAAGUUUCUUCAACUAAGGUAACUUACCUGUUGGAUGAUGGUACAGGCGGCAUCACUGGAGUUUUCUGGCUUGAAUCUACAGAUAGGGAAGAGCAGCAAGUAAUUCCAUCUGUAGUUGAGAACAUGUACUGUCGUGUGUAUGCAUCUCUCAGAACCAGUCAAGGGAAGAAACAUAUUUUUGUGUUUAGAAUUAUGAAUCUAGAUAACCUGAAUGAUCUAACAAGACACAUCUUGGAGGUGAUGUACAGCAGUUUAAAAAUUCAGAAAAUAAAAACUUCAGAGAUCACUAUGAAUUCACAUGCAAACAGCAAUAUUAGCUUGGCCAGUUCUUUCAUGGCAACUUCAGCCUCUAAUCAACCAAGUGGUUUCAGCCCACAGCAGAAUCUUGUCUACAGCACAAUAUCGAAAUGUGGCAGGGACAUUGGAGCACACAGGGAUGAGGUUAUUAAGGCAUUGGAAGGGAAGAUGUCUGCAAGAGAAGUGAUGAAUGUUGUGGACUUCCUAAGCAAUGAAGGUCAUAUCUACACUACCAUUGAUGAUGAUCACUUCCGCUGCACAGAUAACUAGAUGGGUUUAAAAUGAGGAAAGGAUGGCAUACAUCUGUAUAAAACAGUUAUUAUACAUCAACUUUAUUUUUACCAGAAUGUUAGCAGCAGAUAACUGUGUGAAAUACAUACAAGCUAGAAAAUCUUGAAGUUGUGAAUAUGAGUGCGGGCAACAACAUUGAACAUGCCAUGCAAAGAUGUGGCCAUACAACAUUAUAAAAUGUCAUUCUAAUGUGUUAUAUGAGAUGACAAGUUCAGGCAUAUACAAGGUAAAGACAUUCAGAUAAUAGAAUAAUAAAAUAACUGACCCCCAUCACUGACAUAUGCUUGAUUUUGUUUAUCAGUUAACUACAAUAUUGAAAUAUUGAAUGAAAUAUCAACAUCACAUAACAAGGAAGAACAAGUCAGUUCUUGAAGGCUCUCAUUACCUGGUCGGUGGUUUGCUUUUCCUGAAAUCUGUUCACAUAUUCUCCUCCUCUUUGCAGAAUUCAUUUAAUAAUUAUAAGUAAAUGGACUUACCAGUGCAUUUCCACAAAUUUUUAAAAGGUAAAGUUGUCCCUGUGCUUAACUAAUUAAGCACUACGCCAUGAAGGCAUAAGUGGGAGUGGAUGUAUAGAUCCACAUUUUCUUGAAUGCGGCACUAGAUGGAGGUGAAUUCCACAGAUUUGUAGCAAAACAUAAUUACUUAAGUAUAUGUGUAACAUAGGUACUUGGAAAAUCAUUCGGGAUGACUGGAAAAAUUGUUUUAUGUAUGAGGUGUGAGGCUUUCACAGCAGUUAAGAUGUAUGUUAUGGUCUUCUGGUAAUAACACCGCAUAGUCUGGUAGGUGGUUUCCAACAUUUUGGAGUGAUAAAUUGCCUCCCUGCCCUGAAGAUGGAGGCGUUACAUAUCUUUGAAGACUACAAUAUGAAUUAUAAAAUCCAGUAUUUGAAGAAAGUUACCUUUUAUGAUGUGAAGUCAUGUACUAUGGUAGAAGUUCACAAAUAUUUUGGAGGAAUGUAUUGCCUUCAUCUUUGGAGCUGAAGAGUAAGCCUAUCAAGCAGAGUACUAUUUAAUUUGCUCGAUCUUCAUAACCACCGCCAUGGGAACCCCAGCUGCCUGCAAGUAACAGCACACACUGUGCCAGUGAUUUUGACAACUGUACGGUAACCCUAUACUGAAUUUUAUUCAUUCUGGUUUAUUUUAAGACAUUCCCUAAGGGUCUAAGUUAAUUUUCAUAUGUAAAUCCCACGAGCCCUUUGCCAGACUUUGAUUAAACUUCAUAAGUAGCACUUCUAUUAUACAUUUCUUUCACCUUAAUUCAUUUUUAAGAAUUGCCACUUAAUAUUCACCUGAGUGAGAAAUACCUGCAAUAAAAGCUGUAAUGUAUAGAAUACGUAUUACCUACUACACAGUAUAUGAAAAAGGAUCACUGAUUUUGAGAAAGUCACUACAAUUACAAUAUCAGUGCUGUUGAAAGUGUUAUAUAAACUGCAGACAUGCUACAACUUCUCCGAUCUCUGUUCAGUUUAUGGCACAUUGCAUGUAUCUCAACAUAAAAACGUGGCAUAUGCAAAUAAAACAUUGCACAUAUCAGUUCUUUUUUUAACCUAUAUUACCAUGCACACUCGGUUACUUUGCAGAAUAACACCCACACAGCUGUCCAAAAAAAAUUAUUCACUGUUGAUAUUAUAAAGGGAUAUUACAAAUACUGAGUAAACUAAAUGAGAUACAAAAACCAUUACAUUGUCGGAAGCUGUAUUAUUUUUAUCAACGUAUGAAUGUAUGAAGUUCUGGAAGUCACCACAUGAAGCAUGGGAACCAAGUGGGAGAGGCCCAGUGUCUGAUGAUGUCUGAGUGGUGUAUGUUUAUGAAGAGGUUUCAUGCCAAUCUACUGGAAAGAAAUCAGAUUUAUAUGUGACAUAAUCAGUUUUCAGAAACAGGAUGUUAGUUGAGAGGCAACUGUCACAGUAGGCUGAGGUUAUGUAAAGAACCAGUUGAGCAUGUUCACACUGCAUAUGUACACAGCCAAAGAAAGUCAACAGCCAGGGACAACUGAGAAUUAGAUGUCCCAGAGCCUACAGGUUGGAACAUUUUGCAGAUACAAUUAGCUAUAAAGCCUUAUAUGUUGCAGAAGGUUCAAAUAAUAACCAAAGAUAAAGCAUCAAGGUUUACAUUUUGUGGAUGAUUUCAGAACUUGACUGAAGAAGGUGCAGCUCUGUUAUCCCAUGUUGUGUUUAAUGAUGAAGCCAUAUUUCACUUGUCAGUCAUGAUCUGUUGAUUCAAAACUUGAAAAUGUAUAGAGUCAAAGGGCCUGUUUUGAAAUGGUUGGAGACUUAUUUAAAAAAUAGAAUGCAAAGACUUGUGCUGCAUACUUGUAAUUCGACUGCUACAGUCUCUGAAUGGAAAUCUGUAAGUUUUGGUGUUCCGCAGGGAUCUGUCCUGGGACCAAUGUUUAAUGUUUAUAUUAAUGAUUUCCCAGGAACUCUUUAAGGAUGUAGCACAUACUGUUUUGUACGCUGAUGACAGAACAAUUUUAAUUACCUCAAAUGACCUAAACUCUUUGAAAAUUAAAUAGUUAUGGCUAGGGUUUCAAGCUGGUUUGAAAAUAACAAUCUGGUACUUAAUUUGAGUAAAACUCACCUGAUUAAAUUUGUGAUUCCUAAGUCUCCAGAGUAUACAUCAUCGGUAACAUAUAAUAAUUUUAGACUUAAAGAUGUUGAUAAUGUUAAUUUUUUAGGUAUGUAUUUAGAUUGUCAACUUAAUUGGAAAAAACAAUCUGAAAAAUUAUUAAAGAAACUGAAUACAGCGGGUUUUAUGCUCAGGAAGUUACAGUCCCUUGUCAGUGAAUAAGCUCUUUGAAUGGUCUAUUUUUCUUAUUAUCAGUCUCAGCGUGAAUAUAGUAUUAUAUUCUGGGGUUCUUCUCCAGUUAUGAAAAGUUUAUUUGUUGCCCAAAAAAGAGCGAUUAGGGUUAUGCUGGGUUUGAGUCCUGGAAACUCGUGUAGAGAAGGUUUUAAGAUGUUUGGUAUUUUGAUGGUUCCUAUCUAUUCUAUAUUGAUGUUUGUUGUUAUAAAUCACAAUUUUUUUCAAACCAACAAUAAUAUUCAUCAUAUAAACACUAGACAGUUUGGAAAGCUACAUGCAUCAUCAGUGAGAUUAUCUUCAAUCCAGAGAGGCAUGUUAUAUUCAUCCAUUAUGGUUUAUAAUAAUCUUCCUCAAAAUAUAUGAAGGAUGAGUGAUAAUGUGAAAAUUUUUCAAUGCACACUGAAAAGUUUCCUCACAACAAAUGCUUUUUAUUCAUAUAUUUCUGCUAAGCAUGUAUAAAAUUUAAUAACUAUA